UGUCUUUACCGCACAUUCGACCUCCACUGUUGCUUUCCGCUCGGUCUUUAAUAAAUAAUCCGUACUAGCCUAGCGUACAUCGACAAAACCUCGGACCACAAUAACUCGACUAAUCCACCUCGUCUAUGGCAGUUAUCCUUUUCUCUUUUAGUAACCCCACAACUCUUUAAAAAUUCCGCCUAAAAAGAAAAAGCGUUCUGUCCCCUCUGUUGGGUUUUCAGCAGACGUGUACAAUAACUAUCCAGAGGAUCUAGGGGCAGCUCUAUACCGGGAGCCAUUUGACUUCAACGCCGAGCCACCUUGGGAUCCUAGCUGAUAGUGGACGAGUUCAUCACAGGACUCAUCCAUUUUGUUGCAUAAGUCUAGGACCCCAGGGGCUCGAGAGGGUGCGAGCAAGACCACUUCGGACUAGCCACGUUCUUUAUGCCUGUCGGAUUAGAAGAAAACGGUUGAGAGGAUGAAAGGAAUUGCUGAUGAACCACAAUAUUCAGUUGAUCUACUGGAGGGAGGCACAGCCCUCUGUGACGUGAUUGACAAUCACAUUUAUGAACAAACUCUGUCUGAGAAGAAUGCAUUCUUUGUAGCAGACCUUGGAGUUAUAAUGAGGCAGCAUGUUCGCUGGCGAACCCACAUGGCCCAAAUUCGACCUUACUAUGCUGUCAGAUGCAACAGCAGUCCAGCUGUUAUUGAAGUUCUUGCCGCCCUCGGCACUGGAUUCAUUUGUACCAACAAGUCUGAGCUUGAGCUGGUUCAGAGCCAUGGUAUUCCCCCUGAAGAUAUCAUCUACAGUGGUAUUUGCAAACAGGUCUCCCAGAUUAAAUACGCUGCUAAGAACGGCAUUGACCUCCUGGUGUGUGAUAAUGAGGCAGAGCUGCGCAAGAUUUCUCGCUGCCACCCCAAUGCCAAGCUGCUGCUACAGGUUUCAACAGAAGUAUCUAACCAGGAUGACGAGAUGAGCAUGACAUUUGGGUGUUCCCUCAAGGACUGCAGGCAUCUGCUGGAGAGGGCUAAGGAGUUGGGUGUGCAGGUGGUUGGAGUCAGGUCAAACAUUUCCAGCUCCUGUGAGGAUGACCAGGUGUACGUUCAUGCCGUAUCUGAUGCUCGUUGUGUCUUUGAUAUGGGAGAGGAAAUUGGCUUCAACAUGAAAAUCCUGGACAUUGGAGGUGGCUUCAGUGGCUCUGAGAGCCAGCUGCAACUGAUCAAUAGUGCAGUCAUGUCUAUGGUGGACCUUUACUUCCCUUCUUCAACUGGAGUUUCCAUCAUUGCUGAGCCCGGCAGCUUCUUUGUGUCCUCUGCUUUCACUCUGGCAGUGAACGUCAUCUCCAAAGAGGUGGUGGCACGUGAUCGCCAGGACCAGGCACAUGAUGAUCCAUCUCCCAACGAUGAGCCAGAGUUCCAGUACUACAUGAACGAGGGAGUGUAUGGAUCAUUUGCCAGCAAACUUUCUGAGACACUGAUUCCUGCUCCAUCUGUUCAUAAGCAGAACACAUCCCUGGAUGCUCCAGUGUUCAGCAGCAGCCUGUGGGGUCCCUCUGGGGAUGACCUGGACCAGGUAGUGGAGCACUGUCUGCUGCCUGAGCUCAACAUCGGAGACUGGCUCAUGUUCACCCAAGCAGGGGCCUACAGCAUGGGCCAGCCACUUUGUGCUGCCACUGACUCACCACCACCCCCUGUGUACUAUGUCAUCUCUUCCAGAGACUGGUUUGAAAUGCAGGACACUGGUGUCACCCAUGAGACUACACUGAAGAACUUCUCUUUGGUCCCUUAUUUCCUCAAUUCCUGCCAAACUGAGGCUGCUCUCUCUGUCCCAGCUUAGCAAUCAUCAGACUAGGAGGACUUUUAAAUGUGACUGGUUUCUGCUGCUAGCUUCCUCUGGUCUACAUUCCACUGCAAUUGACUGAAGAGACCGUGCAGAUAUAGCUGGGACCAGACUAUAUUUCCUUUUACAAAGCCCAAUAUACAGUAUAGUAAGUGAUUAGACCUGGAAUACCCAGUAGAUGUUAAUUAGUAUGCAACAAAAUGGAUGACUCCUACAAGACAGAUGCAUUCUUCCCAUUGCUUUAGGCAUCCCAUGGCACUACAGUUUACACUCUUACAGUAGACAUGUAAUAAUUGAGAAUUAUUAUAUCUGACAAAUGUAUUAUAUAUGUCUUCAUUGCUGUUGCCAGUCUUGUAAAGUAAGAUGUGUAUCCCUGAGUGAAAUGGUGUAUUUAAACAAAAACACAGUUCUGACAUCUUGUAGGAUGCUUUGCUACAGGAUAUGUAUUUAUGAUUUUUAAUGGUUGUAUAGUUUAUUCUGUGUGAUAAGAGCUUGGUAUCAUUAUUACAUUUAUAAUGUGUUGUCCUCAGUGUUUUGAAAUGGAGGCUUGAAUAUGAAGGUGCAUUUACUCAUCCGCCUGAUGAUGAAGUAAAUAAAGCCAGCGUGAUCAAUGUGCAGUGUCACCAUGAAAUCCACCCCUUGGAAAAAUUCUUAGUGAGGUCCACUCUGGCGUGGCUGAAAAGCUAAUGGCUCAGUUUUCUCCAGUAAACUGGUGUUUCAGAGUUUCUCUAAAGUGCUGAGCAGCUUGCUCCCUGACUAGUGAAGGGCCAGCAAGUAACUGCUAUAUCACGGCAUAGCAAAGCAGGUUUAUUAGACAGCAUGUGCUGCAGACAGAAUAAAGGAAGUGUUGAUGGACAAUGGAUCAGCUGACAUGGAGUGGGCUCUUAUUUUUUAAAAGUAUAUAUAAUGCUAGAACCCCUUUUUGCUAUUCCCAUUGAAUCUGAUUUUUUCAAAAUUGAGGGCUUUGUUGUAAGAAUAUUAUUUCCUGACGGGGGAAGUAUGCUUACAAAAGGUGUACCAUAUUUGUGAAGUUGUCUCCUUAUUUGUGUUCAAGGCAUGAUGAAUUAUCAGGCGUUUGCCUGUUAAUAACUUCAGUUUCUGUGCUUGUCAACAUGAACUGUAAUAAACACCUCAUUGACUGGA